AUGCCCAGUGUGACUGUCCGGGGGCUGGCUUGGGCUUGUUCCGAGGCGCCCGCCAGUAGCUGCACUUGCCGCGGCUGCUUCUGCAGCAACGCAGGGCGGGGAGGACGAGCUGAGCCUCGGCCUCUGCUCAGAAACCCAGCCGGAGGCAGAGUAGGCUGUUGUGGGGCAAGUGUGGGGGGAAUGAAGGUGAAAGCUGAGGCGGGUGCGUUAAGCAGUGUCACUGACUCGAGUCUGAGGUUACCUGUGCACAGGUGGAAAGGACCAGGUGACUGCGCUGGUCAGCGUACAGGGAAACGCAGAGACAGUCCUUGCAGCGAGGACACCCCUCCCCCUGCCCCCACCCCCAGAUUUCCCUGGCACGGCCUGCAGCCUCACUCUCCUUUUGCACCGCUGUCGGAUCACAAUCGUUCGCAGGAAUUUAACUGGAGCAGCCUUUGCCGAGAAAUUCCACCUCUCCCCCCACCCCCACCCAUGUCCUCAAGGUGGGAGCCCAGCAUCUCUCCCUUCGGGGCUCCAGUUCGGUUCACCGCGUCGAACUCCAGCUUGAUCCUUAGAGGCUAUCCUCGCCCCGCCCCUUUUGGGCCGCUAAGAAAACCCGGCUGGGUGGAUCGCCCCGGGGCCAGGUUCCGCGCUCCCCAAGCCGGGCCGUGCACGCUGGCAGCCCGGGUUGCUGCGCCCGACUGUGAAGUACGGAACGGUAGGAAGCUGCAGCCUGUGAGUGGGCGGGGCCGAGGAGACCUAGGAGGGUUCAAAAGGAGGUGGAGGGAUACACGGGCCACAGUCGGAACUACUUUCAGGAGGCGGUCACGUGUGCUCCUAGUUGGGGAACUUUCCAAAUUCCCAUUCCCCUGUGAUAGCUCGAGAGGCAAGUGCUUCUUUUCCUUCACUCGGGGUGCUCCCGCCUUGUGCGGGCAGCGGGACCCCAGAGCCUCCGGGGUCUUGGCGGAAGAACAGGCUCAGGUGAGCCUUCCGCCGGAGCGCUGUCGGGGCUGGCGCCUGGGGAGCUGGUUACACAAGCACCCACAUCCAAGCACGUGCCCCCGCCUCCCCGCACGCUGGCCGCCGCCGCUGAUUCUUGCAGACCACCGAGCGAGAGUUCCCAAGCUGGUCCCAUACUUAGCCUGCUACCCACAGAAGAAGCUACAAAGCCGAGACCUUCCACUCCUUGCUCUGAGUCGGCUAACACUGCGCGUUCCCAACCGUGGGAGAAGGGGCUGGGCCCGGGGGUCUGGCGCAACUCCCUCGAUAGUGUCCUGCCCCUUAGGGCGAAACUUGGUGGUGCUGUGCUACGCGGGGCAAAAGGGUAUCUCCUGCAGCAGCCCGCGGCUUGAAUUCACCGAUGUUGCAACAAACUUCCAGUCACUACACCUGAGCUGGUGAGCGCGCCCCACCUACUGUAGACUCAGCCAAGUGACUUUUCUGGUCGGAGAACCCAGUCAAUGGCCGUCAGCCCAGAACAAACCUGUCAAGUCUGCUUACAGCACCGAUUGGUUGACCUAUCCCCGUGAGAGAACUGGUUCAGAAAUGCUGAGAACUGGAGCGCAUUUACCUCGACAUUGAUCAGUUGCAGAGCGAGUUGUCCACUUUCUGCUUGGACAGAAGGGGCAUCAAUCAACACCAAUUUAGGAAUUUCUUCCUUUUCUUUUCUCUGGGAAGAGAACUCCGGGAGACAAUUUAAGUCCAAAAGUAUCUGAGUUGAGACCUAGGCUGAGGCACUGGGUCGUAUUUCAGGUCUGGGAGAAUGGGAAUCAAUUUGUAUGUGUAUUGCAGUAAUUGUGAGUAGGUGCCUAGGAAGGUCUGAAGAGGAUUUAUUCAGUUUAUGAGAAAGAUGAUUGUAUAUGAGCACAUCAUAGUUCCAGGCAGCCCCUGAAGACUAGAAACCCCAAGAGAGCUAGCUUAGAAGCCACAGGCCAUUACCUAACUCCAAGACUACUAAUUAAACCAGGGGUAUUUACAGUGUUCUUAGAGAUCUCUGAGGCUCCGUAAAACUUUGCGUUUAUAUACACCAUACUUUUAAAAGAGCUCUGCAGGAGUUAGCAACCUGCUGAAUCUUCAGUGUUGAUAUGUACUGGAGGCUGGUUUUGUGCAUGGUCCUGGCCAGCUUGGGGGAGGCAAAGGCCACAAGUGGAAAAGGAAAUAGAGAGCAACCUGGAAAGAGCAGGUGCAAGGCCUCCAUUUGGUUUCCAAAGAUGAAAAUCCUGUCCACACAGGCUAGUGUGAGCUAGAGAUUUCUUUAUUUUACAAAUAACCAAGGAUAAGGAGUCCCUGAUUUCUAGGUGUUCCUCUAGACUGCAUGGUAAGAAUCUGAGCUGUGCGCAGUUGAGAGUCAACUAUUGCUAGGUGGGGAAAGGGAAAAUGAAGAUGAAGUUAAACGAAAGGAAGUAGAUUGGGGAGGGGUAAAAUGUCCCAGGUUUGUUUCUCAGGUUGCUGAUCUUGUCCCCCAGAAACCAUGUUAUUAGCACUGCCCUACUUUGCCCCUCCUCUG